GUGGGCCGUUCGGAGCGCAGCUACCUGCCCCCGGGGCAGCAGCAGCACCCCCGUGCUGCUGCUGCUCUUCUUUACGACGCUCGUGCUGCUGCUGCUCUUUUUCCAAUUCCUGCUGCUGCGCUGCUGGCCUUUGAGCGUCUCCGGCAGCAGUCUCUCUUAAGUGCUGCUGGCCGCGCAGCCUUUGCUGCCAGAUGCACUCAAAACCUUCUGCAGAACGAGGGGGCCCCCCUGGGGGCCCCCGGGGGGGCCCCCGGGGGGGGCCCCCAGGGGGGCCCCCUCGCUGCAGUUGCUGCGAAGGUCUGCAGCCUCAAAGAGACUUUAGAAAAUGCUUGUGUGGCCCCGCAGCAGGAACUCGAGCUUGCUGCAGGGACUGUCUCCUUUUUGGCCAAGAGUCUGGGCGCAGACAGCUGCAGCAGCAAACCAGGGGCCCCCGCGGGGCCCCUGGGGUCUCCCUUGGGGUUUUUUGCCCCCGCGGACCACCUGGGGGCCCCCCGAGGUUUCUUGGGGGCCCCCGAGGGCAUCCUGGGGGUCCCGGGGGGGCCCCUGGGGGCCCCCUGGGGGCCCCCGGGGGGCACCGGGGGCCCCUGGGGGCCCCUGGCGUGGUACCUGCGGGAAGUCUGUGGGGCCCACCCGGCGCAGUGCGCCCAGGCCUUAGAAAUAGUGCGGGACUUGGGGGCCCUUGCUGGGGCCCACAAGGGGGCCCCCCUCCCUGAGGGGGGCCCCCCUCUAUUUCUGAAGUCUGUGGGGCUCCCGCUGCUCCAGAACCCUAAUAAACUCACAGCCAACGAGAAAGAGCAGCAAAUGGCCAGAGUUUUGCUGCUGGUCGGAGACAGAAAAGGAGUUGCUGCUGCUGCAGCAGUGCUUCUGGCCGCUGGUUGCGCAGGCCCCCCGAGCCCGCAGCAGCAGCAGCAGCAGCAGCAGCAGCAGCGCCGGCAGCGGCAGCAGCAGCAGAACUCACCUUCCUGCAGUUGCCCCUCAAGGGAGGCCCCCGCAGAAUACAAAAGCACAUUCCUGUCUACAGCAGCAGCUAAAAAGGAGACAAAAAAGAGGCAAAAGAGUUAA